GAUACCUGGCAAACCAUCAUUUGUUAUAAAAGAAUUAGCAUUGUCUUACGUAAUAAACGAUAUAUAAACAAACAUUGUUUAUAUAACAAAUAAAAUUUAAAUUUAAAAAAAUUGGACAACAACAGAUUUUUUACAACAUUUAAAAGAUUUGUGGACGACAACCAUCUUUCCAGUUCUGUAGUAUUGACUUAAAAUUUAAAAUGGACGGCCGCUACAACGACUCAAAAAGAAUAAAGCUUCCGAAAUUUCUGGAGCCGAUGGAAAUUCCUGCUCCAGAAAAAACGAAGAGGUCUAAAAAGAGGCACAGUUUGACGGCUGACAAAAGCCUGAAACGCAACGAUGGCACACCUCAACAAGUUUACAAGUCAACGGGCAGUCUCCCAAACUGCUGCAGUGAAACCAAAUGCCAGUGUGAUCCGGGACAGCUGGACGACUGUUUGUCGGAGAUGGAUCGCAGGUUAUAUUGCCUCGAUUACCAGGACCCCUACCAGGUGACCGAAGUCAAAGAUUUGCCAGAAAACAUAACCGAUCAUGGGUGCUUGCACAUAGACGAACAUGAAGUUACUGCUGGAGGUUUCGAGGUAGUGGGCGUACAUUAUGGUCAGAAGAUUGUAGACGAACUUGAAGGACUAAAGAAAUCCGGUCAAAUUACUAAUUUUAGAUUGGCCAAAGCUGGCCUAUCCUUUGAAGUUCAAAAUGAGCCGGUAAUGGAGGUCCCAGUACGAGUGACACCAUUAGCGAAAUACAUUGUACCAUCUUAUGGACGAGCUAUAAGGAAAGUCACCGCAGAGGAAUUGGACAUCAAACUAAAACGAGCAGAAAUAAGGCGAAAGGAAAGAAUGGCUGAACGAUUAGCACACUGCAAAAAUGUUGUUGGAAAAUGGAAGAAGCGAACCGAGCAGGUCCAGAAGAUAGACCAGGAACGCUAUGAGAACGGUUUGGUGCGAAUCGAACAGAGGAUGAGCAUGGCUACUGAACGUAGGAACCAAAUGCACGUGAGGAACAAUGAACGAUGUAGGAAAAGGAAUGCAAAGAUAGCAGAGUUGCUGGUAAAACGACGAAACACCGAGAAACAGUUGACCGGAAUCCAGAAUCAAAAUCCGAUCCGUACUUUCGCUGAUUGCAACAAGGGCGAGACCGGGCUAUUUCCAAGCUUUAAAAAACUUUCUCCCAUAAUUUCGGAGGGUGACCAGGCGGGCGAUCAACUGAAACACUCGAGGUCCGCCUCUGAGAGGGAACAACUAGAAACGGGUUGUACUUUGUCGCCACUUUCAGCCGCUGGGGACGGCAGAGAGUAGAUUAUUUUUCAUGCAAUUACAAAUCAGUAAUUUGAUACUUGUCGGUUACUGGUCGAUUUACUUCGUUCAGCGAUGACAUGAUUUUAAACUUUUUCUUUCGUUGUUGUAUCUUUUUACGUAUUUACAUUAUAUUAUUGUUCUAUUGUUCAGGUUAUGCGAAUGAAAUAAAUAUUUUUAUCGUUA